AUGUCGAACAAGUCCAAGAUGCCGGCAUCUUCAGAAGAGGUCACUGAGAUUUCGGUCGUCCGUCUAGAUCUGUUCGACCAAGACCUGGAGAGCCCGGGCGAUGGAGAGAAGAACGGCCCGGUUCUGAGGUCAGAAGCAGUGCCCUCGCCAGACAGCGACAAACACGAGCCCGACUUCUCGGCUGAUGAAUUCGCCCAUAUCCCAGAGCUCGUCCGCGAGGUGGUCCGUUUCGACGACGACCCGGAUCUGCUCGUCAUCACCUUCCGGUCGGUUAUCCUGUCGCUGGUGUUCUGCGUCAUCGGCAGCUUUGUCUCGCAGCUGUCCUACUUUCGCACGACAACGGCGCCGUUCCCCGUCUUCUUCGUCAUCCUCGCUUCGGCCCCUCUCGGACGCUACAUGGCGCGCAUCUUGCCCGACUAUCGGGUGUCUCUGGGCCGGUGGUCCUUCUCCCUGAACCCCGGGCCGUUUUCGAUCAAGGAACAUGCCAUCAUCGGCAUAGCCGCAAAUGCGGGAAGCCAGGGACAAUGGGCGACAUACCUGCCCACGAACGCCGCCCUGUACUACGGCAUCACCAUGAACCCGGCCGUUGCCUUGUUCUUUGGCUGGGGGGCUUCCCUGCUCGGCUUCUCGUUCGCCGCCAUGGUGCGCAAGAUUCUGAUCGACGACCCCGAGUUUAUCUUCCCGCUCUCGCUGCAGCAGGUGACGCUGUACCACAGCAUGCAGAGCGGCGUGCGAGCCCGCGAUCGGCGACGCAUGCAGGUGUUCUGGCUGCUGUUGGUGGGCACGUUUGCGUGGCAGUUCUUGCCCGAGUACGUAUUCCCGCUGCUGGCCUCGCUGGCGCCUCUCUGCUGGUUUGCGGCCAAGAGCCACAAGGUCAACUUCCUGGGAGCCGGUCGCGGCGGCGCAGGCCUGCUCAACAUCACGCUGGACUGGUCCAACAUCACGUCGACUGUGGUCACGUAUCCGUACAGCGUGCAGGUGGUGGUCUUUGUUGGUUUUGUCAUCACGACCUGGAUCCUCAUCCCAGUGGCAUACUUUGGCAACCUCUGGGGGUCGCCGACGUACAACAUCAUGUCAAACGGAGUCUUUGCCAAGAACGGGACCAAGUAUCCGGUGAACUACAUGAUCUACACGGACAGCAAAGGCAUGCAGCAUGUGAACGAAACGCGGUUUCACGAGGUCGGGCUCGCAUACUCGGGCGCACAGUAUCUAUGGGAGAUCUUCAUGUGGUAUGCCUCGUACAUAUCCUCCUUUGUCUGGUGCGGCCUCUUCCUUGCACCCAAGCUCAGGGCGAUGUGGAAGGCAAGACGGUCUCUGGACAGCUUCCAUACCGAUCGUUUGAGUCGAAUCAUCCAGAAGUAUCCGGGAAUGACGCUGUGGGAAUGGGCCUUGUUGACCAUCAUUCCCAUCGUGAUGCUCUUGGUCAUUGUGGCCACAGACAAAGUCUGGAUGCCUGUUUUCACGUACUUUGUCGCCCUGGGCUUCGGUGCCGCGGCUACACUGCCCAUGAGCCUCGUCUACGCCAUGUCGGGGUACUCGAUCAAGGUUGGCCUCUUCAACGAGCUGAUCUAUGGCUACAUGAUCGAAACCAAAGGUUCCUCUCGACAUCCACUGGGCCAACUGGCAUACCGGAUCAUCUCUGGCAAUGUGUGGUAUGACGCGCGGACGGUGCUCGAGGAUCAAAAGAUCGGUCACUACCUCCAUCUUCCACCGCGGACCGUCAUCGGGAUGCAGAUUGUAGCCAACACGGUGGCGCUGCCGAUCAACUACGCCGUGAUGCGCUGGGUGCUCGCGACCAAGUUCGACUACAUCAGCGGCAAGAAGACAGAUCCACAGGGCCAGUGGACGGGCCAGGACUUUGCCAGCUACAACACGGACGGCAUCCAGUACACGCUCGUGGGGCCAAAGCGGCUGUUUGCGUCGCCCAUCUUCACACCGCUGCUUUACGGCUUCCUGGCUGGCGGUCUCGCCCCGGCAGCCAUCUGGCUGCUGCACCGACGCUUUCCGCGCGCCCGCUUCGACCUCUGGAACACGACCAUCUUCUUUGCCAGCGCGGCGACGUUCCGUGGAAACCUCAGCACAGGGCCGUUCACGGCCUUUCUGGUCGGCACGGCCAGCAAUCUGUUUCUGUACCGCUAUCGGCACGCGUUCUGGCGGCGCUGGGCCUACAUCUCGGGGGCGGCACUGGACACGGGCUACAAUGCGAACCUGCUCUUCAUCUUCCUCUUCCUCGGCACGACGGGGGCGGUGAUGGCCAAAUGGUGGGGCAACGAUGCCAGUACGGAGUACGCGUACUCGGAAACUUAUGGUACGGAGUACUGA